AUUUGAACCAAUCAUCGUGAGAAAAUUUGACCUUCAAAUGCUCGCGACGUCCAUUAGUGGACGAUACCCCUGAAGCGUUGCCUGGGAACGCUGUGAUGUAAUAGGCUUACUUAAGCGAUUUCUCAAGGAUUUAGGAUAAACACUUCUGAAACCUAACAACAAUUGACCGACGAGUUGUUACGUGAAACCUACCGUUACAUCGUUAAUACCUCGGGACUUGUUCUUUCUCAUAAUUCGGUUACUUCGUGUUCAUUGAGUCAUCGUUCGUGCAUACGUAAUAGACUGCUGAACCACCAAACACUCCAGUCUUUCUCCACAGUUUACUGAAAACAACUUACUUCUAACCCAGAUGGUCACUGUGGAUAUUUUAAGUACAUUCUCUCGGCUUCCUAAACUUAUCGUGUUCGAUCUCGACUUCACUCUAUGGCCUCUGUGGUGCGACACCCACGUUUACCCUCCAUUCAUACGAAAAAAUAACACUGUAUACGAUGCUAGUGAGAGACGAGUUGAUGUGUACUCGGAUGCGCAAGUAAUAUUGAGGAUGAUCAAAGAGUCUUCGAAAGUUAAAUUGGGAUGUGCUUCGCGUACUUCUGCUGUCAAUGUUGCUCGACAACUUCUACAGGCUCUUAAUUGGUCGGAUUUAUUUGAUUACAUAGAAAUCUACCCUGGGUCUAAAACUGCUCACUUUAAAAGAUUUCAUGAAUUAUCUGGUAUAGACUAUGCGGACAUGUUAUUUUUCGAUGAUGAAUCUCGUAAUAUUCAUGAAAUUUCCAAAUUAGGUGUACAAUGUCAUUUGGUUCAACAUGGAAUAACAAUAAAUCUCUUAGAAGAAGCAUUAAGAAAGUUUCAACAACAAAGAAGAAUUCAUGAAUAUUUAAAUUAACUAACUAUUUAAUGAUAGUUAUUCCGAUAUAUUCCAUAUUUCGUGAAUAAUGUGCACUGAUUGUUUCUCUUGGGCAUGGUGACAAAACCAUCUCCUAGUUAAUACUGAAACCAAUAACAUUUCAUUUAAAUAACAAACCUGGUAUAAAGAAAUGUCAUGAGACUGUGAAGCGUUCAUAGUAAUAUGAUUUUCCGUAUAUGUUCUGCAGAUUACCGAUGAAUUUCUAUUAACGGAAUCCGAAAUCUGUUGUGAAUAACAGUGUUGCAAAUAAGAGAUUUAUAGGUACAUUCUGUUACCUGCUAUUUGAUGAACUUAAUGAAUAUGAUACGGCUAAUUAUAUAGCGAUCUGUUAAAGUACCCUGUCACUCAUCCACGCUUAAUUGGUCCUAUUCAAAUUCUACGUAACCCAACUUAUCAAUUUUUAAAUGCAAGGAUCCUUUAUAACCUAUAAAAUUUUCACACCACUUAUCCGUCUGUGAACUCUACUCGACCCACCCACCCUUAAUGUAUCCUUUGUUCUAUAAAUAAAUGACCUUUGACCUGCAUAUAUGCAUUGUUAUUAUUGAUGACCUACGUUAUUCCAACUAUUUAUAUUUACUUAUAUCAACUGCUUCAUACCUAAAUGUUAAAUUGUAAUGCACAUUUCGUUGUAAGCAGCUGAGAAGAAACCACGAAAUACAAUGAAUGCCUAUUCAGUAAGACUUUACGUCCUUAAUUCUUACAGACACUGACUCGUGGACAAUAUCCCCAACAACCAAGGAAUAAGAGGAGAACGAAAAUUAUGAAGUACUUUAUUUAACUUUUUAGCAUAAAAACUUGUUUACAGGGUAUCAUUAUUAAUUCUUAAAUUAUAACUGUUCACUUUCUUCUCAACUUCCGUUGCGAAACUUUCACCAUACUGCCUGUCCCUUUGGUUAAUUCUGAAAUAUUGAUUAAAUCUAGUCAAUAAAUACAUUAAAAAAAUACCGUCCAACCGUUUUAGCGUUUACCAAUCGACUGACUUACGUUCUCACAAUUUUGUCACGUGUCUAAGGGCAAUGUUGGUGUACCUUUUUGCGGAUUACGUGAAAAGCGCACAGAAUAAUGUUUGCGUGCCCGUG